ACAGACUGCGUGGUCUGUUUCCUGGGCGCUGAUUGGAUAAAACCCUCUUCGUCACUUCCUUCUUUCUCUUCUACCACCGCCAUAGUGGUGAAAGGACUGUGGACAAAAUGUCGUCCCACAAGACUUUCAGGAUCAAGCGCUUCCUCGCCAAGAAGCAGAAACAGAACAGGCCGAUUCCUCAGUGGAUCAGAAUGAAAACUGGCAACAAGAUCAGGUACAACUCCAAGAGGAGACACUGGAGGAGGACCAAGCUCGGCCUGUAAACGUGAGGGUCCGUGGAUCCCCCAGCAUCCCUCCAUCCCAACAUCUCCCAGGACCUCCAGCUGCUGGGGCCUGACCACCGGGGAGGGAGCCAUGUUAUCUGGAGCAGCAGUUGUUUUGUACAGAUACUCUGGUUAUGCUCAUGUUUGACAAUAAAAGAUCUGUGAUCAAACUGAAAA